AUGUUGUGUUUGGCUUGUCUUUAUAAGAAACGCAAGAGAGAUUUGAGGGCUUGGCUAGAUAUGGAGGAGGAGGUGGAAGUCAGAGCGGCAUGUGAAUUCGGGAAGCUUGAAAUCGGUUUUGAUUUUGGAUCUGAUGGACUCGUUAGGGCUCCUCAGCGCUAUGAUUAUGAUUGCACCCUUUACGCUAGGCUUGGACUCUACUGCUACAAUUUUGAGAAGGGAACAAACUUAAAGUUUGUGCGCUGGGAAAAGUAUAAUUUUAUCUACACUUCUUACUACGACGUCUACUUAACUUUGCACGCGAUGGAUCCGGCUUGCAGUUCUGUCUUCCCUUUUCAGACUUUGUUCAGUGAUGCUGGAAGUAUUGCCAAAGAUACCUAUGUUAUAAAUAUGUGGAGGAUCAGACCCACAUGUUAG